AUGCAAGCUGGAUAUGCAGCUGGGCUGUUGUUUUUAUGCCCUCUGGGAGACUUGUUGCCCAGACGGCCAUUUGUAUGCGGUUUAGUAGGGUUUACUGCGACCUUAUGGCUCGGACUAUGUCUAACCUCCGACCUUGGGACAUUCACGGCAAUAUCCUUCAUCGUAGCGGUAACAACUGUUACACCGCAGCUCAUGCUCCCAUUGGUCGGUGACCUAGCUCCUCCGUCACGCCGCGCAGCAGCACUCUCCAUCGUCGUCUCUGGCCUCAUGCUUGGUGUGCUUGUCGCCCGCGUCCUCUCGGGAACAAUUUCGAAUUUUGUCACCUGGCGCGCAGUAUAUUGGAUGGCGUUUGCCAUUCAAUAUAUCAUCUUCGUCCUCCUCUGGCUAUUCAUGCCCGACUAUCCUGCAACCAACCCGGGCAUGAACUAUUUCAGAAUACUGCUCGAUAUCGUUAAGAUGCUUUUCCGUCAUCCUGUUCUUGUUCAGGCUUGUCUGGCCGGUCUCUUCUGCUCAGCGCCUUUUACAUCUUUCUGGACAACACUGACAUUUCUCCUCGCGGAUGACCCAUACAACUAUUCUUCCCUCACAAUCGGACUGUUUGGGCUUAUAGGCAUAGCAGGCAUGCUUAUCUCUCCCAUAUAUGCGCGUACAGUCACCGACCGCUUCGUCCCGCAUUUCUCCGUCCUUUUCGGUCUUGCAUGCUCGCUUCUGGGAAUAUGUCUAGGCACUUACACGGGUACCUUUACCGUCGCAGGCCCCGUCCUGCAAGCCCUAUUGAUGGAUUUCGGCAACCAAACUGCGCAGAUUGCAAACCGUUCUAGUAUCUAUUCGGUGGAACCUAAGCGGCGGAACGGGGUGAAUACCGCUUUCAUGGUUGCUACAUUUUGUGGUCAGCUUAUUGGCACGGCGGCUGGAAACCAUAUUUAUGCUGCUGCCGGGUGGGUAGGAAGUGGCAGCGCUAGUGUUGGAUUCAUCUCUGCGGCGAUUCUUGUUAUCGUUGCUAGGGGUCCCUGGGAGGAGAAAUGGGUUGGGUGGAGAGGCGGCUGGAGCAUGAUCAAGAAAGACAAGGAUUCUGCUGAUGGGAAGACAGCAGACAAAGCGAUGCAUGGACCAAAUGUACCAAGAGAUGAAGAAGUUGGGGUUGGUGCUAACGAAAAGGUGUUACAGGAGGUCGCUGCGGAACAGGGGCAUGAGAGUCCGUUGAGAAGUGAAAAUGGUAGCGAAGAGAAUAGUAAAGAGGAUGGGAUUGAAGAGAAGAAAGUAUGA